AGUGGUGAAAGUGUGAAACAAACAAAUUCGUCUGCUUCUGUGAUGAUCUUGCGAAUUCACGAACUAAUGUAGAUGUACUAAACGUUUGAAAAAAUAUAAUCUGACGUAAUAUUCUUUGCAUUAAAACGAGGAUUACAUUGUUUCAGUAUGUACUCUAAAUCCAGGAAUGUUAAUAAAGCGCCUGUCAUUCCUAAAAUUUCCCCUGUUACUCUGGCCCUUCAGCUAGUUUCAGGAGAGAGAUUAAUCGCCGAUUUUCAUCCUGAAGUUACAUUAUGGGACAUUCUACAGCACUGGGAAUCAAACAGCAAACUUGAGCCAUCUUUAGCGUCAUUGGCCUCAGACAUCCCAGUCUGCAUUUACCUCAGGAAGGAAAUAUCAACAAAGGAAUUGUUACAGGCAACAACUCUUAUUCAACUUGAGAUUUUUAAUGGGAAGGCAGCUAUCAGAUAUGCCACCAAACAGCCAGGAGUUACUGAGCAGCCUCAUGUUGGAGGAACUAUUGCCCCAACUCCCAGGGCCCCCUCACCUGAAGCCCCUAAAAGAAAAGUAAUUGCCAAUGUUGAUAUGGAAAACAAAAAAGAAGGAGCUCCUGCUUUGGUACCCCAACAGGUGACUGCUGAAGCCCAUAAAGAAAAACAAAUUGAAACAGUUGAUGUAGAAAAUAAAAAGCAAGAAGGUCAUGCUGUGGUACCUCAACAAAUGACUGUCGAAGUUGUCAAACAAGAAUCUGUUGAAAUAAUUGCUCAACCACAGGCAUCCUCUGAUGCAGCUCAGGAAACUACAACUGUUAAAGCAGAAGUGAAUCACUUGAUUUUGAAUGACGAGCCUGAAGCUACCCUAGUAGAAGUUUCUUUGGAGGAGUCAAUUUAUUUCCUUAACGAGCAAGGAGUACUGGUUUAUUUGCCACCGAAAGAUAUCAUUUCCACAUCGACACUUCACCACAGUCAAGAAGAAUCCGACGAAUUUUUCGAACUGACCGAAGAAGAAGUUCGUAGGAUGAUGACCGAUCUGAUUUAUCAGAACAAUCAAAUUCAGAACGCCCCGCUCAUAACUGCUCAGCUACGUCGUGAACAAGAAGAGAAACGACGACUUCAAAUGUUGGAAAAAUACCCAACUACGGUUUUACGUAUCCAGUUCAGCGAUCGUUUUAUUCUCCAAAUGCCCGUUCCUUCCGAAAUCACCUUGGGCGAAGUGAAGCAACAGUUGCAGGAAUAUCUCGAAGUAUCGAUAGAAGUGGACAAAUUUGAACUAUUCACGACACCGCCAAAGCAAGUCAUCGAAACGUCAUCAACCCUUCAUGAAAUCGGUUUGACACCGUCAUCUCUUGUCUACAUCAGUUCCCACUGCGUCUUGAAAGAGAAGUUCCGCCUCAGCCCGUCGUGUUAUGCUGGUGCCGUUCGAGAUGCAAGUCGUCGACUUAAUCGUUCUACCAAACCUUCUACAAUCACGACUGCGACUACGAAUACUGGUGAAUCUGGAGUCAGUGUCACUACGACUAAAGAUCAGCGACCCAAACGACCCGCCUCUGAUACUUCGGCUGCAACCGCUUCCGCAAACAAGAACGUCCCCAAAUGGUUAAAAAUGAAUCGAUAAAUGCAAAAUAUUAAUCUGUUUUCGUCAUACAUAAAAUUCCUGUUUGUUGAAAUGAAAAUAAACAUUCUUGUCUCUGA